AUGUCGCUCACCCUCCGGCUCAAGCAGUUCCAGGUGGCCAAGUGCAAGGGGGAGAAACUCGCCAAAGUCGUCUUUAGAGGAGUGUCACACACAUCGAAAGGACUUGAGGAUAAAGUCGAACUCAUCCCUGUAGAUCAGAGGUUCGAGUGGCCCGUGGCACGAGCUAUAGAGAGUCAUGAGCAGCUGCAGGUUCAGUUGCUUGUGCGCAGCCGCUACCUGGGACCUGACAAGCUACUGGGGUCCUACACUCUGGUGUUGCAGAAGCUGGUGCAAGGCUGUAACUCAAUGUUGUGUUCCAGAGGUUCGAGUGGCCCGUUGCACGAGCUAUAGAGAGUCAUGAGCAGCUGCAGGUUCAGUUGCUUGUGCGCAGCCGCUACCUGGGACCUGACAAGCUACUGGGGUCCUACACUCUGGUGUUGCAGAAGUUGGUGCAAGGCUUUAACUCAGCGUUGUAUUCCAGAGGUUCGAGUGGCCCGUUGCACGAGCUAUAGAGAGUCAUGAGCAGCUGCAGGUUCAGUUGCUUGUGCGCAGCCGCUACCUGGGACCUGACAAGCUACUGGGGUCCUACACUCUGGUGUUGCAGAAGCUGGUGCAAGAUGGCAGAAUAUGCGUCUAUGACACACUGGU